GGUUUCACGCCGCCGCCGUCUCCGUUGCCACGCCACGCCCCCGUCCUCUGCAGCCUACAGUCGCCUCCGGCCACGUCCCCCACGCCAGCAAAUCGACGCUGCCGGACCCGUCCCGUCCCGCCGCCUCGUCCCGUCCCGCGGCCGUAUCCUUCGAUCGAGAUGCUUGGCGAUAAGCCCGUCCAGAUUAGCCAACUGGCCAAUGAUGGAGAUGGGGCAAACAAGGCGUGGACAGGGGAGAAGAGGCGCCGCAAGAACCUGCCCCCAUCAUCUUCACAUGCUACUGCCACUGCCGAUGACCAUGGAGACAUGGAGGACACCAUCCAAGGGGGCAAAGAUCCGAUUUCUCAUGCGACAGACAUGGAGGGCACCAUCCAAGGGGGCCAAGAUCAGAUUUCUCAUGCGACAGACAUGGAGGGCACCAUCCAAGCGGGCCAAGAUUAUGAUCUGCUGCUGAAAACAGAGCCGGCACAAGAAGAAAGCGAGCAGCGUUUCGGGCCGCACUUCCUUCUCAGCAAAGAAGACCAGGCCAAGGAUCGUCAACUUUUGCUUGCCAAUAUUCAGAAGGAGGACGAUUAUCCUACUGACCUGCCACUUUAUUUGACACGGGAGGAACACAGAAAGAUAGAAGCGCGCCUUGCACGCUAUCGCGUCGCUCAUUACAAGGUUGUGAAUCCGGAGUGCGCACGUGAGCUCAAGGAACCAGAAGAAUACACCGAUGAUGAAAUUCUUAACGAGUCGUACUUUGAGGGGUUAGAGGAUGAUGAAAGUUUUGAGUGGUACAUCCAUCGUGAAGACACCUACAACAUUGAAUUGAAUGACUACCAACGGAUUGUCCCUCGUAAUUUUCUGCCUGGUAGGAGUGGAAACCUGUACUGCUAUCAUGAUGAGUACCGCUCACGUUAUCAUACAUAUAAAAUUGAUGAUGUUUAUGUCAAGUACUAUGCAGAAAUUUCAAAGAAAAUCAAGUGGAUUGCAGAUUUUUUGCAUCUGGAUCGCAGGACUAAGGAUUGGAUAGAAUGGGAUACUAGAGCAUGGAGGCAAGCAUUGAGGAUUGCAACUGGCUUUCCCCAUAUGACUGAAAAAUUAGCUGGUUAUGCUUAUGACGAGUACAUUACGGAGCUGGAAAUGGAUGCGUCCCUCAAGGACAUAGAUCUCCUCUAUUUUGAGAUCUGGAGGCUUGUCGCUAAAGAAAAUAGAACUUACAAAGAGGCUGUAAAGGAAGUUUAUGAGUCUGGCGAGUUCCCUAUACACAAAGCAGUACUACAUGCUGAACUCAAUGGGGGCCAUAUCUUUGUAACGAUGCAAGAAAUGAUUUACGCUGUUGUCCUGGAGGGUGGCAUUGAACUGACUGACGAAGAGAAGAAAGCUAGGGGUGUGUUUAGGAAGUUAUCUUUCAGCAUGCAUAAACCAAUGAACAUGGCUCAGUAUGCUCAGAAGAAGGUGGAGAUAGCAAAUCAGUUGAAGUUGAACAAAGAGGAUGGAUUUGUUCCCUUUAGACCCUUCGAGUUCUGAGUAAGGGAAGACUGGAUUUGUCCCUUUUGGUCUGAAAUGAGUGUCUAUGAUCCGUUAGCUCAUCUGACAGCGAGACAUAACUAAUAGGAUGAUUGUAUUACAUAACCAGCCCAACAGUCUGAAAUUGCGGAUGAUGCUUGGCUCUAGUUUACAUUUGUGGUUUCUGAAAACAAGGGACUACAUCAAACUACUACAUCAAACUU